GUCGCCACUGUCCAAUCACCGGUCAGAAUGGGACAUUGCUCCGUCCUACUAAAAUGUUACCUCUGUGGCCAUUUUCUAGUCUUCGCUCGAAUAAAAACAUUCAGUUUACUUGGUUUGCUGAUGUGUUAAUUUGGUGAUCGGCGCGUUCAUGGAAAGUUGGUUAUUCAUGCUGGUGAACAAAGAGAAAGAUUAGCGUCAGUGAAUACGGUAUGGAUACUGAGCGGAGGGGUGGGCGAGGUGAUCGCAUGGGGCGAUACGGUAGCAGCCAUGACGACUACAACUUUCAGGACGUGGACUACCGUGGUUUUGAUGACAAGGCGCAAGAAGCAGAAUAUGAUGUCCGUAAUGAGGACGGGCAAAAUGUCCACAACGAAACAUCUCUGUGUGCCGCUGAACUCUUACCCGGUCACCUCCAAGAUGUCCAAGGAUUUCAUCAAAAAGGGGAUCGUGGUCAGGAGAUCAAAGGAGUCCUCUGGCCUCUUUGUCCGCAGUCCUCAAUUGAUGGCUUUGAUGACAAGAAAUCCAAGAGAGAUUUUGAACGGCUACGGACUGGGUCGGAGGCAAGGGGAUUGAUGAAACAUGGUAAAAAUUUUGCUGAGAACUCAACCCUAUAUUUAGGCAGUGGAGAAGGAAACUGGGGUCGCAGAGGCGGUGCCUGUCCUGAUCAGAUGGAGCACCGAGAGGAGGGCAGAUUCUCUCAAGGAGCGGGAAUGAGACGGAUGUUUGCCGCCGAGCUAGAGGAGCACGGCCGAAGUAGUUGUGAGCCCGAGCUGUCUCAUGAGGACAUGGAGCAAAGGGAGCAGGAUUACCGUGCUGAUCUGGACUACAAUCAGAGACCUAGCAACAUUGUCAUGCUUCGCAUGCUGCCACCCAACGCCACUGCCAAUGAAAUCUGGGCAACACUUCAAGAGCAGGGGAUCCAGCCAAAAGAGGUUCGACUCAUGAGGAACAAAUCUUCAGGUCAGAGCCGAGGAUUCGCCUUCGUCGAGUUUAAUCUCAUACAGGAGGCCACCCGCUGGAUGGAGACCAACCAGGGCAUGCUGCUGAUUCUUGGACAUCGAGUGUCGAUGCACUACAGCAACCCAAAACCACGAGCCAAUGAGGACUGGCUUUGCAACAAGUGUGGAGUACAAAACUUCAAAAGGAGGGAAAGGUGCUUUAAAUGCACUGCGCCCAAAUCAGAAGCUGAACUGAAGUUGCCCCAGAUGCACAAAGAUUCAACUCUUGGUCUUCAAAAGGAGGGAGCCCAAGGCUUGCUGCCCCUGCCACCACCCUUUCAUUCGGUUUCUGCCGCCCAUUCAGCUCAAGUUGCACAGCAGGCAGACCUUGCCAACGACACGCUGAUUCUCAGAAACCUUGGACCCCAUACAACAGUGGAAGCCAUUUUAUCUUCUUUGGCCUCAUUUGCUACACUUUCAUCCUCCAACGUUCGCCUCAUCAAGGACAAGCACACAAAUCUCAACAGAGGCUUUGCUUUUCUGCAACUCUCCACGAUUGUGGAGGCAUCUCAACUGCUCCAGAUCUUGCAGGCUCUCAAGCAGCCUCUUUCUAUCGACGGAAAGGUGAUUGUGGUGGAGUUUGCCAAAGGCUUCAAGCGUGACACAUUUCCAACAGAAGUGAGUCGAAUGAGCGCUGCAACGGUGGCCAGCACCGCCAUUGCUGCAGCACAGUGGGCUGUCACACAGGCUGCACAAAAUGGUUCAGGAGCGACAAUACCAUACAAUCAAGAAGGGAAUGAUUACGCUCUGCCCGACAGCCAACAUUUUCAAGUCCAGGCAGACCCCAUGGUUGCUUCUUUGCCUAGUGGAGGUGCGACAAUGAGGGGGGCUUACCCAGCAGCAGUAACACCAGCUGUAGUGAAUCCAGGUGAAGCGUUGCCGCCCGGGAUAGCUGUCGUGCCGCAGCCGCAAACUCAGCCUUCCGCCACCCAGGUUGAGAUAGUCGGGAAACCGCAACCAGCUUCUUCCAGCCAGCCGGCAACACCGGGCACUGCACAUGAGCUCCAGCAAUAUCCUGUGCCAGAUGUAACCACAUAUCAAUAUGAUGAAAGCUCAGGCUACUAUUACGACCCACUGACGGGACUCUAUUAUGACCCAAACUCCCAGUAUUAUUACAACCAUCUCACACAGCAGUUCAUGUACUGGGAGGGCGAGAAGCGCAUGUACAUUCCUGCAGCUUCUGGACAGUCAAAGGAAGAAGCAGCUCCCGCUGAUGAUCGCGCAGGCCCUGCAGACUUGGUGCUUGCUAAUCCUGGCAGCAAGGAAAAAAAAGAUAAACCCAAGAGUAAAACUGCUCAGCAGAUAGCCAAAGAUAUGGAGCGCUGGGCCAAGUCUCUCAACCGACACAAGGAGAACGUGCGUGCUGCCUCCCCCGCAGCCGGUUCCACAGAUCGCAGAGAAUCAGCCAGCGCUGAUGCAGGUUAUGCUGUCCUAGAGAAAAAGGGGGCGCUUUCAGAACGGCAUCAAAUGUUUCUGGACCAGCUCAGACAAACUGAAUCACCCCCUCUACAGCACCCGGGUCUUGUUCCAGCCUACAGUGGGGAAAGUGACAGCGGCGAAGAAGAUGGCGACAAAGAUGAGAAGGACGGGAGGAUGACCGACUGGGUGAAACUGGCCUGUCUGCUGUGUAGGAGACAAUUUCCCAGCAAAGAAGCCCUAAUUCGCCACCAGCAGCUCUCGGAACUUCAUAAGCAAAAUCUCGAGCAAAGAAGAAUGCAGGAAGCUGCAGGAAAAGAGAGACAAACUGAUGGCCUCCAAACUCCCGCUUCCAAGAAGAGGAAGUUAAGUGCCAUUGCUGGGAUCACAGGCUCUAGCCUCGGUGCCAGAAUGCUCCAAGGAGGUGUGAAAAAAGGUCUUUUGUUGCGCAAUAUGCAAGUGGAGUGAGUGAGUGAGCUGCGACACUGCAACGGCGACUUGGCCCUGGUGGAACAAGGGGGGACACUUUGCACUUCAUUAGUACUAGCAUCUGUGCAUACAAUGUUUUCACCAUUUACUAUCUUCCCAAAGCAGUUAAUGACAGGAUACACAUUGCACAUAGCAUAUUUUUUCUGUCGCUCUCUUCCUGAUGAUGCCAAGUCCUGCUUGCUUGACAAACAAGCUUGCUCUCAUUUGCAUUUGAUGACAUUUUCUAAUAACAUUCUAUGCACUAUGGAUUUCCUUUUUUUUGUUGCUUAAUUUAAAGGGGACAGCAUUUUUUUUUAACAAUUAACAUGUUCUAUGCAUCUACACUAGUCUAAAUGGUAGACUGAUUAAUGUGAUGUUUAUGUAAUAUGAAUUAAGAUGCAACACUUUAUAAACCUCAUGUGGCAAUUUUGUCACUUGCUAUCGACUGAAAAUGACUUCAGAGUGCCGAAGAGCUGUUAGGACUCGCCUGUUUACUGGGUUUGGUUGUGUGACGUUCACAAGCUUCGCCCUCUGGCUCUGUGAUGUCAUUAUCAGUUGAUAGCGUUUAAGAAAUCCCCCCCCCCCCCCCCUGGCUCAUCAAACUCUGGAUUUUUCUGCUUAAUUAUAUUACACAAACAAAAUAUAAAUCAGAAUGCUUGUGUGGGUGCAUAAAUAAUGUGUUGGAAAGGAAAUGUUUGACUUGACUUACCCUUUAAUGCUUUACGCUUUGUCAUUCAGUGAAUGACUGCUAAUAUUACGCUGUCCAAUACUAAUUGCGUGUACAUUAUUUUUACCACUGAGAGGAUUAAGUGUUAUUGUACACGUCUGAAUCCAAACUGUUAUUCAUAGUUGUUUCUCAAGAAGUUUGUCUUUUUAGUGUCUGUUAGGAUGAAUUAUUGUACAGGACUAUAUAUUUACUUUUUGUGUGUGAGUGUUGUUUAUGAGGAAUCUGAACCUAAAAAAAAAUAUUUGUAAAUCUG